AUGUUUCUUCUUCUUGGUUCUGUAGUCAAACAGCUGCUCCCAGACUGCACGGCUCAGAUACUGGACCAGACUGCACGGCUCAGAUACUGGACCAGACUGCACGGCUCAGAUACUGGACCAGACUGCACGGCUCAGAUACUGGACCAGACUGCACGGCUCAGAUACUGGACCAGACUGGACGGCUCAGAUACUGGACCAGACUGGACGGCUCAGAUACUGGACCAGACUGGACGGCUCAGAUACUGGACCAGACUGCACGGCUCAGAUACUGGACCAGACUGCACGGCUCAGAUACUGGACCAGACUGGACGGCUCAGAUACUGGACCAGACUGGACGGCUCAGAUACUGGACCAGACUGCACGGCUCAGAUACUGGACCAGACUGCACGGCUCAGAUACUGGACCAGACUGGACGGCUCAGAUACUGGACCAGACUGCACGGCUCAGAUACUGGACCAGACUGCACGGCUCAGAUACUGGACCAGACUGGACGGCUCAGAUACUGGACCAGACUGGACGGCUCAGAUACUGGACCAGACUGCACGGCUCAGAUACUGGACCAGACUGCACGGCUCAGAUACUGGACCAGACUGCACGGCUCAGAUACUGGACCAGACUGCACGGCUCAGAUACUGGACCAGACUGCACGGCUCAGAUACUGGACCAGACUGCACGGCUCAGAUACUGGACCAGACUGCACGGCUCAGAUACUGGACCAGACUGGACGGCUCAGAUACUGGACCAGACUGCACGGCUCAGAUACUGGACCAGACUGGACGGCUCAGAUACUGGACCAGACUGCACGGCUCAGAUACUGGACCAGACUGCACGGCUCAGAUACUGGACCAGACUGCACGGCUCAGAUACUGGACCAGACUGCACGGCUCAGAUACUGGACCAGACUGCACGGCUCAGAUACUGGACCAGACUGCACGGCUCAGAUACUGGACCAGACUGCACGGCUCAGAUACUGGACCAGACUGCACGGCUCAGAUACUGGACCAGACUGCACGGCUCAGAUACUGGACCAGACUGCACGGCUCAGAUACUGGACCAGACUGCACGGCUCAGAUACUGGACCAGACUGCACGGCUCAGAUACUGGACCAGACUGCACGGCUCAGAUACUGGACCAGACUGCACGGCUCAGAUACUGGACCAGACUGGACGGCUCAGAUACUGGACCAGACUGGACGGCUCAGAUACUGGACCAGACUGGACGGCUCAGAUACUGGACCAGACUUUAGCUGCUGCUGCUCAUGGCCACUAA